CAUGCAGAAUCUUAGGCCCCACCCCAGACCUAAUGAACCAGUAUCCUAUUUAAUGAGAUCCCCAGGGGAAAGUUUGAGUGGUGAAAGCUUUAACAAGUAUCUUUCCUAAAGCACCCCAUUUUGUUUAAUCUCCACAUCUGUUCCUUCAGUUAGUUAAUGCCGUUUCUUCAAGGUUGAUAUACCAUGAAAGGUGUGGCUAAGAGAAACUAGUGCUCUCUCUUUCUAAAAAAAAAAAAAUACUUCAACAGUGAAUUUUAGACAAAUGGCAUCCAGAAGGUGGGUCCAGAGAUUGAAAUGCUAUGCUUUCCUGAAAACAGAUUCAAAUAUCCUUUCUUCUUUGAGACACAAAGGAAAGGCGUUGCAUCCUCUUUCCCACUCUCUAGAGCCCUGGAGCUGCUGGUGAGACAGCCUUACCUCGCUGCAGCUCGUUUGAAUCCGGGAUUGUUUGCUCCUGUCACAGGCCACGUUCCAGAGCUGACAUGCCAUCCCCACAGUGGGUGUCUGUCUUGGUCUGGGUUGAUUAUGGAAGCCUGAAGAGGGAAUGCAUGCCGGCUGGAUCCAGGUCAGGAAGAGAGGCACCUAAUAGAAUGCGAGUUCCAUAUUCCAAUAACAUGCACUCCAGUGAUUUGGGGGCGUAAUAAAGUUUGAGGACCACUGCUCUAUAGCAUGUUGUCCUUCCCAGGCUGGCGUUAUCAGAUUUGUGGACGUCUUAAUUUCUCUUUUAUGCUACAGAUUCCUUGGGCUCCAUGAGGCCCAUGCCUGGCACAUAGUAGAUGUUGAAAGUAUUCAUUGAACAAAUUAACAUUGUGUCUUAUAAAGGCCCCAGAUCUAUUACUCCUAACUUGACCAAGUGGGAAGGGGAAGUCGGUGGAGAGCCAGCCGUGGAUUGGCGCACACUCGCAGAGGGAAUCAGGGCGAGCUGUCAGGACUGCUGGUUUGCCUUUACUAGCACUUCUUGUUACCCUUUUUCUUUUUCUCUUUUUUUAAUGUCCCAACGAGCUCUAAUCCGAGCUGCUUUUAUUGUUCCUCAAAGACUUUGGGUUGCUUUGUGGGUAUCACAAAAACUGAAAUCCAAUCCGUGUUCUUCUCUGGGCUUUGGGGAAGUGGAACCAUGGGUGUGUUUGUCAUUUUGAGCAGGCGCUGGAACAGAGCCAAAGCUCCAGGAGAUACUACAAGUGUUGAGAAUCAUCCGAUGGGCUGUUGGAAUGAGCUGUUCAACAGAGCAGCAGUAACUGAGCACCGGGACCUUCGUGAACUCCAGUUGGGUGGGAGCCCUUCCAGUGUGUGUCCCCGCCCUGAACUAGGACAGAAAGGUCCUGAACAAGCAGAGCCCCUCUCUAUGAGUACCUCGGGUUUAUUUCGCUUUCCUGCACCACUGACCAGAAUACGCACAGUGUCGUGGGGACUCCGGCUUUGGGAGAGGCCAACAUUGUUAUCCCCAGGAAGAGCAGUCACUCGGGUCCAGAUGGCAGGCAAGAAGGACCGCCCUGCUCUGCCUUCCCUGGAGGAGAGUGAGCUUGAAGAGCAGUUUGUGAAAGGACAUGGGCCGGGUGGCCAAGCGACAAACAAAACAAGCAACUGCGUGGUGCUGAAGCACAUGCCCUCAGGCAUCGUCGUCAAGUGCCAUCAGACACGAUCAGUUGAUCAAAACAGAAAGCUAGCUCGGAAAAUCCUACAAGAGAAAGUGGAUGUUUUCUACAAUGGGGAAAACAGUCUUGUAUACAAGGAAAAACGAGAGUCAGAGAAGAAAAAGCAAGAAAGGAAAAAAAGAGCAAAGGAAACCCUAGAAAAAAAGAAACUCCUUAAAGAACUCUGGGAAUCAAGUAAAAAUGUCCACUGAGUAAAAAUGUCCAGAUUCUGACUAAAACACUGCCAGAAGCUUUCAAGGAAUAAUGGUGGUGAGUUCCAUCACCAGCAUUAUUAUGGAGCUUUGAAAGAAAGAUCUUUGACAGACUUAAAAGACCUUAAAGUUUUUUAAAUGGUGGUCUAAGUUGUAGUGAAUGGAGAUGCACAGUUCAAGAAUAAAACUGUAAAGCAGCACGAGGAAGUCAUCACUUAAAAGGCUAGCGGCGACUUUGGGAGGGGGAGGGCCGUCCAUGGCAUGCCGUACUGGGAGGGGCCUCCGGGGUCACCGACAGUUCUAUUUCUUGACCUGGGCGGUAGGGAGAAGGAUGUCGCCUUAUUUUUUCAAGCUAUACAUUUGUGUGAUUGUAGCUUGUUUUAUUAUCAAAGGUUAGAAAUAAAAAUAUUUUUUUAAAGCAUA